AUGCAAUAUCAUGAACAAUCAACUUCUGAAUCAAUUUUGAAAGAUAAUAUAAUAGACAGUAUUAUCACUGAAUUUUUUGGAUUUGAAAGAUAUUGUGAAAAGCAACACAUAUUAACUAUAUUAAAGACUGGUAGGGGAAAGAGUUUGAUAUAUGCGGUUGCAAGUAUACUAUUACAGGGAUUAACUAUAAUAUUUACUCCUCAAAAAGCAUUGAUGGAUGAUCAAGUACGAGAAAUGGUAAGAAUGGAAAUACUGGCGGUAAUGUUAUAUGAUUCUUUAGAACAAUCACCUCUAAUACAAGAAAAAUUUUUGCCAAAAUUGCAAGCGGAUUAUGUUUAUAAUAGUCAAGGCUUCCAGUUUGUUAUAAAUGAAGCAUAUUGCAUAGUUUCUUAUGAAGGAUUUGAAAUUAUACAAUCAAUUUUAGAAAGACCUAAUAUGAAAGUUAUUAGAACUUCAAUUAUUCAUCAUCCAGAAAUUACAUUAGAAAUUAAACCUAAACUAAUCACAAAAAAUAAACUUUAUCAAAUUAUAUUUGAUUUAUUAGAUAAUCUUGAAAGACGCGCAAUUAUUUAUGAGGCUACAGUUAUAGAAUGUAAUGAUAUGAUGAAAGAACUUCAAAAAAAUUUUGACCUAGCUAUUAUAGAAAUGUAUUAUGGAAAACUUACAAGUAAAGAACAAUCUAUUAUAUCUGUAAAUUGGAAGAAUAAAAUUAUCAAGAUAAUGUUUGCAACUUUAGCUUUUGAAAUUGGUUGGGCUAGACGAUCUGGACAACAAUCCAGAGCAAUAUUAUUUUAUUUACGAAGUGAUAUCUGUACAUUAUUAACAAUUUUGAUUAUUGAUCUUCAAAAAGUUCAUUCUGAAUCUUCAGUAUUGACUCUUAGUUGUAAAAUUGUAGGAAUUUGCGAAAAUGCAGAAAAUAUUAUUACUUCUAUAAUUUGGCAACAGUUUUUGAAAUAA